UAAACGUCUGCUGGCCGCACUCAGCACUUUGGAGGGAUGUGGGUGCGCGCCGGAGUCCCACUUGCAUCCACUUCUCCGUGCAUCUCCUAUAAUACAACAGGAGCAGCUUCCAUCAUUCAAAAAAAGAGAACAAGCUUGAAUUUUACGCACUGAUUUUUGAACCGUGAGUAAGAAAGUGGAUUUUUUUUCUCUUCUACUUUGUCGUUGGUGAAGACCGGAUUACGUUGCUCUCAUUGCCAUCGCCGUGGAUGCGUGUAACACGAUGAGGUUAUGAUCAUCGAUCGUGUUCACAAAGGAUGCGCCGUGGCCGUGCACAUUUACGCACGGGGUUAAAGGAUUUACACGGGAGAUCCACAUAGUGAUUGCUUUACCGGUAUGUGUUUGCACCCCACGCUUUGAAUGAACUUGCGGGGACGCUGACGCCCAUCGAGGACUCGCAUUGCUAAGCAAGAUUCAAGUGGAGAAAAUGAGCGAAAACUGUAAAACGCAGCCCGCCAAAGAGCCCGGAUCGGUGCAGAGUCCUACAUCCGAUGUUUUGGAGCUGAACGUGGGCGGACAGGUGUACUACACACGGCAUUCCACCUUGACAGCGUUCCCGAAUUCCCUUCUCGGGAAGUUGUUCUCCAACAAGAAGGGCUCCUCGAAUGACCUGUCCCGGGACUUUAGAGGACGUUAUUUCAUCGACAGGGAUGGUUUUUUGUUUCGGUACGUAUUGGAUUACCUAAGGGACAAGCAGGUUGUCCUCCCGGACCACUUCCCCGAGAGGGGGAGGUUGAAACGAGAGGCGGAGUACUUCCUGCUGCCAGAUUUGGCCAAACUUUUAUCAUCCGAGGAGUCCAAACUCAUUCUAGACGACUACAGCGAUUUGGAUGAUGGGUCCAUGGGCAGCGAUCACAGGUUUUAUCCAUCCUACUCUCCGGACAGGAGGUACGGAUACAUCACCGUGGCUCUAAAGGGCCCCACUGGAGGCAAAGAAAGCGACUCCGACUCCAAGGCUAGGAAGUUGCCCAGGAUCUUCAUCAGCAGCAGGAUCGGCUUGGCCAAGGAGGUGUUCGGGGACGCGCUCAACGAGAACAGGGACGCGGACAGACCUCCUGACAGGUACACGUGCAGGUUUUACCUCAAGUUCAAGCACCUGGAGAGAGCCUUUGACAUGCUGUCAGAGAGUGGAUUUCACAUCGUGGCCUGCAACUCCUCCCUGACGUCCUCCUCGUCCACUGGGCAUUACGUGGACGACAGGCUCUGGUCCAAUUAUGCACAGUACAUCUUCUACCGUGGGCCUUCACGGUGGUCUUCCUCACACUGCGACUGCUGCUGCAAAAGCCACAAAAGCGAACGGGAGGGCGAAAGCGGCACUUCCUUCAACGAGCUCUCCACUUCCUGUUCCGAGACCCAAUCGGAGGCCAGCUCCCCGCAGGGGACCGUCAUCCGCGGUCCCGUGAGUCGACGCCCCAACAUCCAGUCCCUGGAUCGACCCAUGCACAAGGCACCCGCUCACAUGCUGCAGCAGGCGGAGAUGCGACGUAAAACUGACAUGCUCCGCGUCAGGACCUUCGGAGUCCGCGAACGUGAGGCCGCCAAGAGGAAAGCUAACAAGGAGAAGAUGACUCCUGAGCAGGAGCUGCAGAAAUGCAUCCAGGACUUCCAUCGUAUUAGGAUUCCCGACCGUUUUCCGGAGAGGAAAUACAUGUGGCAGUCGGAGCUUUUGAGAAAAUAUCGUCUCUAAUUAAGGAACGGUUCACGUCACUAUCGGAUAAUCGAUAAUUUGCACCCACAAGGGCACAUAUUGUACGAAAAUACACAACAAGGUGGACCGGAUUCCGCCAUGUGCAUCCCCACCGCGCACACGCAACCGAUUAUGUCUACGAGGUGAAACGGAUCCCUCCCUGUUGACAUUUUAACGUAUCUCUUGACCUCUCCAGAGAGUCCCAAUGGAAACGGUGCAUCACAAAGCAUCGUUCAGAGCGAUCACUAUUUUUAGCGGGUUUCUGCAGGGUCGUGCACACAGUUAAGUACGAGGCAAUGUGAGUCAUUGAUUUGUAAUGUGUACCACCGUGUAUGAUACGCACACGUGUAGAAAUCAGGUUACUCCUGUUGGGGCUUACGUCAACAACCUCUGUCCACUUUGGAGGCGGGGCUGCAGCAACAACGCGACCUCAGGGGGCGACAUCACGUCAAGCUGUUAUCUUCUUUACGUGGGGCUCGUCCGGUUCUAAGUUGAAGACAUCACUUCAUACUCCACGGAUGACACACAAACUCGUUGUAGGCUUCGACAAUGGCACUGCAUGUCAUUUCACCAUUAUCAUAAUUAUGCAAUAUCACAAAAAAGGGUGUGAUGGGACGGGGAAAGCACUGCCUGGAUCUGAAUUGCCAUUGUGAAACCUUUCAUCUCAUGUCAUUGUGUGUUGGAUUGAUGAUGUUGUGUACGUAGAGUAUGUAAUGCAAGUGGCUGUUGGAUCCUGGAUUGUAAGUGUGCAUACAAGCAAAUAAAAGGCAAAAAAUGGGAAUGGUUUUAUUUCAUUUGAACAUGCAUCAGAUUA